AGCUCACGUAUGGACGAAAAACCCGGAAAUGAGUGUGUGUGUUUUCUCCACCAUGCUGUAGUGUUCGCGUGCCCUGAUAAAACCCCGGAGUGUGUGUGUUUACAGUUAGAGUGCAGUGUUAAAGUGUGUGUGUGUGUUUACAGUUAGACUGCAGUGUUAAAGUGUGUGUGUGUGUUUACAGUUAGACUGCAGUGUUAAAGUGUGUGUGUGUGUGUGAGAGAGAGAGAGAGAGAGAGAGCGAGAGAGAGAGAGAGCAGGAUGAGCGGUGUGUGUAAAGAAGUGCUCACUCUACAGAUCGGACAUUAUUCCAACUUUGUGGGGACACACUGGUGGAACCUGCAGGAUGCGUCUCUGUGUUAUGACCCUGAUGUCCCGCUGGAUGAGUUGCAGAGUGAUGUGCUGUUCAGAGAAGGUCUCUCCCUGGGAGGACAAGUCACCUACACACCCCGCCUCAUUGCCCUCGAUCUGAAAGGAAGUCUGCAGACUCUAAAACAGGAAGGCUGUCUGUACGCCACCAAGCAUGACAACACCACCUUCACAUGGCAGGGUGAUAUAGUCACUCAUGCAGAAGCUCCUGCAGAUAGAAACUCAUUCCUUCAGGACCUUGACAGGCUGGAUACAGGGGAGUUGUUAGCAGCGCCAGACUUCACGAAUCCAGCUUAUCCGGCUGAACACUCCUCCUUAGGAAGGGCUGUUGCCAUGGAGACAGUGAACAGCAGUUUGGAGCGAAUGCAGCGAUCCUAUAGGCUGGAGGGCAGUGUGAGGGUGUGGUCGGACUUCCUGAGGCUCCACCUCCAUCCUCGUACCAUAUCCAUCAUCAAUCAGUACAACCAUGAUGGCGAGGUGGCGCGGUUGGAGGUGUUUGGUCAGGGUGAGGUGCUGUUACAGGGCUCUGUAUUGGAGGAGCUGGAAGAUAGGCUGCAUUUUUUCAUAGAGGAGUGUGACUACCUGCAGGGGUUCCAGGUGCUGUGCGAUAUGGCUAAUGGUUUCUCAGGUUUGGGGUCAAAGGUCACAGAGCUGCUGCAGGACUCCUACAGUGGGCGGGGCAUCCUGACGUGGGGCAUGGCUCCUGUCAGUCACCCUGAUUCAAGUCCGAUUAAGGAGGUGCAUCACAUGAUGAACUGUGCUCUGGGAAUGGUGCACAUGGCACAUCACAGUUCGAUGUUCUGCCCUUUGACCCUGAGGGGCGGGCUAGGGAGACGUCCGGCUCCGCCCACCACUUUCCCUCUCCUCAGUUAUGACCCGUCUCUGUGGUAUCACAGCAGCUCUGUGUUAGCUCUAGCUCUGGACACGUUGACUGUCCCCUACAGGCUCAGACAGAACAGCGCCCCCAUGUGGCAGCUGGCGGACGCGCUCACUGUCUCAGGCAGGAAGGUUGUGUGCGCUUACGGGUCUGUUCCAUUUCCCAUGAUGCAAGGCAGCUGCCUUCCUGACGCGCUAAACACCUGUGGUGACACAUUACCAUGGAAACCUCUAUCAGGUUGCCCUGAGCUGGCCGACGGGCGAUGUUUCGGCCAAUCGGUGACACUCCGGGGGCUGGAGGGACAGAGCAGUGUGAGUUCUCUGGUUCCUGGAACAGAACAUCCCUCCAAUCUACACUGUGCUCAGUCAGGAGAAGAAAUACUGAACACACACCUGAUAACACGCUACCCGUCUACGCCACUAGCAGUACAGUUGCUCUCCUCCCCUAGUAAACUGACCCCGCCCUUCCCUCAGAUCUUCAGCCCAAAACUCGACCCUCAAGGUUUAAUACAGAGCCAAACGUCCACAACGGAGGCUCCCCCGCCGGUUUUGUCUCUUCCCGUGUUGUCGAGUUUGCAGUCCAGUUCAUCGGUGUCUCGUUUCCUAGCCGAGCUUCAGAAGUCCUGCAGCGCCAUCGAUUUACGUCGAGUUUCUCCCACUUUCCUUUCUCACAGCGACCAAUCUGAAAUCGCAGAGAACCUUGAGCAGCUUUGGACGCUUGCGCAAUGUUACCGUGACGACAGUGGUGGCACAGUGCGCUCUUCCUCUGAAGAUGAUGAUGAUUAGCUCUGUGUAAACAAUCCAAGAGCAACAAGAUAACAUUUCUUCAAAUUAAAUCAGUUCUGCACUGAAUCAUGGCACAGCUAAGAAAUAAAGAUGGAAGGACUAGAUUAGAUAGUGCGUGGUAUUGAUGGUGAGAUGGAUUAGCUGCUAAGAAAGAGGGAGGAAAAGUAAUGUAGAGGAAGGAUGGUGGAAAUGGAGGAUAAUGAAAAUCACCCCAUAUUUAGCAUCUUGGGGACAAAACUGUAGGGUAAAAGGGUGCUUAGGACUGAUAUUCUCAAGUAAAGAAAACUGCAUGUGUGUUAGUCGAGAAUAAAACAUUUAUUGACCGAUAGAA